UUGUAUUUUUAGCGACAGUCGGAGCUAUUCUGUUAUCCUAAGUAACAAUAACAAGGCAGCGUCACAACACCAACGUCAGCAUUACAGUCUCCGUCACCGUCACCGUCAGCACAGGACCAUGUCAGAUGUCAACGAGUCUGAGACGCGGGCACUGCUGUGGUGCAUCACUGGAGGCAUCGUGCUGGUUCUGUGUGUGAUGGCAACGAUCACCUGCCUCUUGCUGCGUUACAACCGAACCAUGAAAGCUCCAAGGGGCAAGAGAGUCAGGGUUAGAAGUUCUCGUGGGGAUGGCCAUCGACUCAACACACCGGGCUACAACAAGGCGGCCAAAAAAGAGGAAUUGCUUUACCUGCAGCCCAGGCAACACCACCCACUACCCAUUGCUCCGGGAAAGAUGGCCCCCGACCUCCCCAUGGGCCACCACUCACACUCCCAGGACGAACACUACACUCCCGCAUCAUCAGUGGAGAACCACAUCUACGACGAACCAGAGUUAAAGGUCCCUGACAACACUCAACACGACUACUACAACGCCAGUGAAACCUCCGGAUCAGUUGAGUACGAGACUAUUGACUACUGCAUCCCCUGAGUCCACGGCCAUGUGACCUCUCCUCUUCUCCUUCCUCUUCUUCUUCCUCCUCCUCCUUCCUCUUCUUUUUCUCCUCCGCCUUCUUCUUUCU